UACUCAUGGUGGAAAACAUUUUUUUUUCUUCCAUUUACAGUUGAAGACCCCCAUGUCUUUAUUCUUGGUAUGGAGCAUAGUUAGAAAGACUCUGUGAAGCCAGGAAAUUGUCCCCCUGAGAGGUAUUAUAAUAAAAGUAAAGAUGAGAGUUGUCUCCAUCCCUGCAAAUAUGACAAUGAGUGUGACGGGAAUAUGAAGUGUUGUUUGGAUAACUGCCAAAAGAUGUGCAAGCCUCCUGCACAGGAGAGACCAGGUGCAUGCCCUGUAUUUACAGCUCAUGCUGGAAAAUGUUCUGAUAAUUGCACAUCUGAUAGUGAAUGUCCCGGGCAUGCCAAGUGUUGCUUUAAAACCUGUGGAAAAACUUGUGUACCCACUUUAACUGACCUUGCCAAACCAAACAUGGAGCCUAUAAUACAGAGAGGUUUCUGCCCCCAGGAAAAUAUUUUGAAUUGUGCGCUACCAGAAAGGGCAACAUGUGACGAUUUCUCAUGUGUGGAUGGUUACAAAUGCUGCCCCAUGAUCUGCAGACGUGAAUGUCGAAAAGCUGUUGACGAGAGGGUCGGUAAUUGUCCUGCUGCAGAUACAGCUUGCCCUACUGGAACGGAAAAUACAAGCUGCCAGUCUGACUAUGACUGUCAAAUUUUACACAAGUGUUGCUCCACAAAGUGCGGGAAGAAAUGCGUCAGAUCUGAGAAUGAUCCCCCUAUUCUGCAUUAUUAAUGCUGCCUUACUCCACAACUUGGAUGGAGAAGAAGAAAACCUGUACAAUGUAUAUGUGCAUAGCAUGUUUAUACCCUAGGAAUAAUGAGUUUGUAUAUUGAGGUCUACGGACAAACAGAAGACUGUACACCUACAAAUUUAUGGAAGCCCAAAUAAUGAUGCACGAAAGUCAUGAUGCUGUUUCCCUGUGUAGGAAGAGUAAUUAGGCAUGUCUCGUCAAUGUGGUUGUGUUUCUUGUCUUGCAGCAAUUGGGAUGAUGCAUAUUUAUUUAUACUAAUUGUAAUGUACACA